UCAAAGACAGAUGGAGAAAGACGUCCUGAGCUCCAGUAAAGAAGCGUCUGAAGAGGACACUGGUACCAGUUUAUAUCACCAGCGGCUCGCACACAGAAAACAGCGACGGCCCAAUGAUGAGAUGAAGUUUUUGUUACACAGGCUUGUUGUGGUCGGUGGUCUCCCGCCUGGACUCGCUGACAGACAGACUGUGGGGGAUCACUACGAGAGGUUCAUCUACCGUCAGCAGAGGAGUCGAGCAGGUGAAGAUGUCACAGGUCUUCUGUUGCUUUACCCUCAACACGCUCUUCACGUCAUCGAGUGUUCUACGGAGGUUCUACUGUCUGUCAUUCAAGACCUGACACACAUGCAGAAAAACCCAGACAGUGCGGUGAUGCUGACGCCCAGAGUCCUGCUGGUUUCUCAUGACAUCUCGAGCAGACUCUUCCAGCGGUGGAGCUUCACGCUGUUGAAGGACGACAGACUCACGGUGAACUCAGACGAGCAGAGCUGCGAGACACUCGUCAUCCAAACACUUCAUCAGCUCCUCCGACUCGCCUCACACCUCCACACUGCAGGAGAGAACGUCAAGGAAUGUAAAGAGAUUCCAGAGGAGGUGCUGCAGGAGUCACAGCUGAUUCCUCCACAGGCUGCAGUGUGUCGUCUUGUGCAGAUGGAGGCGCUGUUGAGUCCAGUGCAGUAUCUGAACACAUAUCACUCACCUCUACACCAGCUGCUGGACUCUGAAUCUGUGUGGCCUGCAGCGGAACAUUCUUCAGAUUCUCUGAAUGACCAGACACAGAAUGACGGAUGAAAUCUUGCUUCACAAUGCAUCAUUAAAAAUGUUAAAAACAAAUAAAUAACAUGUACAAACAGAAGUAAA